GACGGCCGGCGCUCCCAUCAUGCACCGCGCGUCCGCUCCCCCGGCCCGGAACACUCACGGACCGGCGUGACCUCCGCGUCCCGGGUCGGCUUCCGACGUCCCCUCGCGUCUGUCCCCGCCCGCGCUGUCCGGGUCCCCCCCGCUCGUUCUUCCUCGCGAGCUCGCGUCUACACGCACAGAAACUCCGCGGUUCGCCGUCGUCAGGUCCCGUUCCUGAGUGGCCCCGGCGACGCCCGCGCUCCGGGCUGUGCCGCGGCGCAGCACGGGGUCCCGGCCCGGCCCGAAGACGAUUACCCGCAGAAAUGCCCACCGGGAGGAAGACGCGACAACCCACACAAGUCGUCGCGUCGAAAACGCCGAGGAACCCGCUGUCAGAAGCGGCUGGCACCGGCGCUUCCGAGGGGCGGGACGGGGCGUGCGCCGGAAGACGCUGUCACGCCCCCACCCCGCGACCGGAAGUAGACGUGACGUCAGGGCGGCGCCGGCUCUUCCGGGCUCUUCCGGCGCCGGUUCAGCUGUGCGAUGGUCAUUCCCUUCCCGGUGGCGGCUGAGAAUUCGGCUUCGGCUUUGCCAUUUGUGUUUAUUUUUGACUUGGUAUCUUCGGGGAGGGAGACGAGCGGGCUCGCGGGUGUCUAAGGUGUGCGUGUGUACGUGAACAAACGUAAGCAUGUGUGGACACAAACCUUCCUGUUGAUAGGAAAGGAAACCGAGAAGGCUCGGCCUGCCCGGUCCCGGCGGGCUCAGACUAGGUACCCGUACUCAUGCUUUUCUUUGGAAAAAUCUGAGUCUGUUGAAAAUUUUAACAAACGGUGCAGUUGUGCUGGAUUUACUCAUGUUUAGCAUGUGCAUGUUUCUCUCUCCCAGGUAAAUAAGUACGUUUUAUGAUGAACUAUUAUUGUGUGAGUGUAAGUAGGUUGAGAAUGAAUUGCACACGUGAUACCUAACCCUUAAAUACUUAGUAAGGCAUCUACCAAAGAUAGACGUUGUACUACUAAAAUGACAAUAUUAGUAUUUCAACGUUUCACCUAAGAAAAUGAAAAAUAAUGUCACCUAAUGUCUGCUGUAAUAACUAGAAUUCUCCCCAUUGUUCCAACAUAGGUUCUUGGGUGAUUUGGGAUCUAAAACCCAUUCAAGGUUUGUAUGUUCGUGUUGUUUGUCUUUUAGUGUUGUUUGAAAUAAAGCAGUUACUGUAGUUUGUUUAUUAACAUUGAGUUUUGAAGAGUCACACUUCUCUUGACAAAUCCAUGCAAUCAGAUAUUUCUGAUUGUAUUCUCAAGGUGCGUUUAAAUAUUCCUUCAUUUUUGCUAUUUGCGGUAAAGUUGUAACUGGGUCCAGAGGAGAGGUUGGCAAACAGCCAAUACUAAGUGCUUUAUGCUUUGGGGGCCUUAAGUCGCCGUUAACUGCUUCCUGUCCCUCGGUUGGGUGUUCCUUCUCUACUGCAUGCUGCACAGGGUCAAGCCACAGGCUGUUUCUUAGAAGUCCAGCUCUUGCCUGCAGAGGGCUGGGAUUACAAGUGCAAGAGCACUGUGCUUUAAGUCUGCUGUCGGCACUUGCCAGCACCUGUUCCCAUGGACACUCUUAUAUCAUUGGGUCUGCUGGAUCAUUUAGACAAAGUUGAGAAGUUUGUCUUCCAGCCUUAACUUACUCUGGUCCACGUUUGCAACUAGGAAGCCUGACAGGCCACUGUGUAGUUAGAGCACAGUCAGAUGUUGCAGAUGUUGCCCCUAACCUUCAGAAGGUCUGUGGAGCAGUGCGCUUCUUUUUCUGUCAUAGGUGCCAUGAGGUGCAAUAAUGUGGAGGGGCUGUCUUUUCACAAUCCAGGCCACUAGCCCACAGAAACCGAGGCUUCUGAAUCUCUAGCCCUCAAUUUUCCAUAUUUAUUAUAAAGGAAUCUAAAGUAUUUUCUAUUUUGUGCCCUUGGAUCUAAUCAACGUAGUGUCAGCAUCAUGUACCAGUACGCUGUUUCAUUCAGCAACAAACCUCUGGAGACUAUGUUAUGGCAGAAAACCAGAUAAAUGAUUAUAUAGUAUUUGUAUCUCAUUUUUAAAAAGGGUAAAGAGUCUAAGUAGGGGCCACCAAACUAAACACAUUUGUGGGCCUUUCACCAAGGAACCCCCAGUUUGAGACACCUGGUAGUAAGUACAGUUAAUAUUGGGAGUAUAGAUAUAUUUUUAUGACACUGUGAAAUUUCAGGGUUUUAGUCCCUUCAGUGUUAGAAUAAAAAUAGAAAAUUCUAGCCCUGCUCUUCAUCAUGUGAAAAGUAACAACAAGCUCAGGACUCCAGGCUUUGGAGACAGACUAACCUGUGUUCAGGUCUUGAUUCAUCACUUCCUCAGCAGAUGACAUGGGGCCAAUCGGUGUUCUCCAGAUCUGGUUCAUUAGCUGUUAGGGGCUCAUGGGUUGUUAAGGGCUGUGAUGAUAAUUAAGGGAGCUCAUAUAUAUAAGGCUCCUGCCUGGUGUUCUGACACAUACUGCACCUCAGUGAAUGGUGACUGAUGUUACUAAUACUCCUGGAGUAAACUGGUUUCAGUGGCUUUCGUAUGUCUCACCUGCAGAAACAGAGCCACUGUGUGAAGUCUGAUGACUGAGGAAUGAUGCUCCUGAGUGUGGCUGAUGGCAGUAGGAUUCCAGAGGUCCCUGUGUCAAGAGGGGAGGAGACUGCGCCAUCCGUCUACACUCACUGCCUUCCUGAGUGUGCUUGGCGUCCAGGGAAGGAGCAUUCUGACGUGUCUCACCGUCAUCCUCACGGAAUGGCAGCCGUCGGCCUGUCCCAGGGAGGUCGUGUUUCCAGUGACCUGAUCUUCCUUCAUGAAGAAAAGACACAGGCAGCAAGGAUGGUGGCUGACUGUCUGAUAAAUUAUCAGGACUCGGUGACCUUUGAUGACGUGGCUGUGGGCUUCACCCAGGAGGAAUGGGCUUUACUGGACUCAGCGCAGAGAGACCUGUACAGAGACGUGAUGUUGGAGAACUACAGGAACCUGGCCUCAGUAGGGAAUCGCCUGUUCAAACCCAGCGUGAUCUGUUGGCUGGAGGAAGAGGAGUGGAUGACAGUGCAGAGGGGAGAGCUCCAUGCAUGUCAACUGAAAACCGAGGGGUCAGCACUUUGGCAGGAUAUUAUUUGUUUAAAAACAUCAAAUGGGAUUCAGACGGCAGGAACCCACAAUGGAAGGGAACCCUGUGACUGUGAGCAGUGUGGAGAAAUGUUUGUUGAGCACUGGUGCCUUAACACGCACACGAAAAUUCAAGGUACAGAGAACACUCCCAUCUCUAAUCAGUGUGGGAAGUAUUUUAUUCCCCACAAGAAAAUCUCUACUGGAGAGAAACUACCUGUGUUUAAUCCAUGUGCAAAAGCCUUUAGCUUGACUCCAGAUGUUGUUUACCAUAGAACGCGCAAGGGAGACAAAUCCUUGGACUGCAGUGACAGUGGGAAGGAUUUCCUUGAUCAGUCCUACCUUCAGGCACGGGUGAGAACUCACAUUGGAGAACUCUAUGGAGAGAAGCAGUGCGGGAGAGCCCUCACUGACCUCACGAGCCGUGCUGUGCCUGUGGAAAUGCAUACUACAAAGAAUGUCCAUGUAUGUAAGGAAUGUGGAAAAUUUAGCAGAUCUCCUUCCGACCUUAAAAUUCACAUGCAAAUCCACACAGGGGAGAAACCCUAUGAACUUAUGGAAUGUGGGAAGUCUCUCACUAUUUCUUCCAGCCUAACUGAACAUGUAAAACUUCAUAGCAAAGAGAAACCUCAUCAACAUAAGGAAUGUGGAAAAUCCUUCACUGGGCAUUCAGGCUUUUCUGAUCAAAUACUCACUGGAGAGAAGUCCUAUGAACAUAAGGAAUGUAAGAAAGUCCACAGUCAAUUUUAUCUACUAACUGAGUGUUUAAAAACUCACAGGAGGGAGAAACCCUUUGCAUGUAAGGUAUGUGGAAAAUCUUUUAGAAAUUCGUCAUGCUUGAAUAACCAUGUUCGAAUUCACACUGGGGUAAAACCCUAUAAAUGUGAGUAUUGCGGGAAAGCCUUUGCUGUGCGCUGUGGCCUCACUAGACAUAUACGAACUCACACUGGCGAGAAGCCAUAUGAGUGUAAGGAAUGUGGGAAAGCCUUCUGUACAUCCUCAGGCCUUAUUGAACAUAUAAGAACUCACACUGGAGAGAAGCCCUAUGAAUGUAAGGAUUGUGGGAAAGCUUUCACUGUUUCUUCCAGCUUAACGGAACAUGUAAGAAUUCAUACUGGAGAGAAACCAUAUGAAUGUAAGCAGUGUGGAAAAGCCUUCACUGGGCGCUCAGGCCUUUCUAAACAUGAACGCACACACACUGGAGAGAAACCCUAUGAAUGUAAGGAAUGUGGGAAAGCCUACAAUAGGUUUUAUCUACUAAAUGAACAUUUAAAAACUCACACACAGGAGAAGCCCUUUGAAUGUAUGGUAUGCAGAAAAUCCUUUAGAAACUCUGCAUGCCUGAAUAAGCACAUUCAAAUUCACACUGGAAUAAAACCCUAUGAAUGUAAAGAAUGUGGAAAAGCCUUCACUGUUUCUUCAAGCCUAACUGAACACAUACGAACUCACACUGGAGAGAAGCCCUAUGAAUGUAAAGAAUGUGGAAAAGCCUUCACGACUUCCUCACACCUGAUUGUGCAUGUAAGAACUCACACUGGAGAGAAGCCCUAUAUAUGUAAGGAAUGUGGAAAAUCCUUUGCUUCUUCCUCACACCUCAUUGAACAUAUAAGAACUCACACUGGAGAGAAACCAUAUAUAUGUAAAGAAUGCGGGAAAGCCUUCCGUGCUUCUUCACACCUCCAUAAACAUAUAAGAAUUCACACAGGGCAGAAAGCCUAGUGUAAGGAAUGUGGAAAAGUCUACAAUAGGUUUUAUCUCUUAAGUGAACAUUUAGUAAAUUACACUGAAGAGAAGCUUUUUGAAUGUGAGGUAUGUGGAAAAUCCUUUAGGAAUUCUUCAUGCCUUAAUCAUCACUCCGAACUUCACACUGGUGAGAAACCUCAUUAAUGUGAAGAAUGUGGAAAAGCCCUCAGUUGUGCUAGUUCACUUUGGAGACAUGGACAUACACUCUUGAGAUCCCUCGUCAGUUUCAGGAACACGGGAGAGCCAUUGGAAUCCGAUCAUAGUCCGGCAUGGAGGAGCUCACUGUGGACCUGUGUGACAUAAGAAACACAGAAAGCCUUCACCAUUUCCUUGGGUUUUCCUAAAUAUGUGAAUCUUGGACUGCUGAACUACCCUGUUGAUAUGUGAUAUGUGGAAAGUUGUAGUUAUGCUAAACAAUGUUCACUUGUGAUCUCACAGUGGAGAAAGGACU